AUGGAGUCCACGACUUUAUCAUCUUCUUCUUCUUCUACCAGUCAUGAUGAUCAACAUCCACAUCCUGAUGAUCAUGUGACUCAAUCGGCAGCUGAGGAUUCCUUUGGUUUCGAGCAUCUUCAAAUUAAUGCUUACGGUGGUUCUCAUACGCAACAGUUGAUACCGGAGUCUGCGGAAAUUGAUGACGAGGAUCUACAAGAAGAAGAAGAAGAAGACGAUGAUGAUGAGGCGGAGGAAGGUGAUUUUACGUUUAUGUGCAUAGGUGAUAACGAUUCAGCGAUUACCGAGGACGUUGAAGGCGGCCAGAUCCGGCCGGUGUUUCCUCUAUUUGAUCAGACUCUGCUAUCAGGCAGUGAGUACGAUGAAGGAAGACGCCGGUUGCCGAUUUCUGCUCAGGUGGAUAAGGUUUUCAUUGAAUCGCCUCGACUAUCUCCGUCGUCAGGAAAUGAAGAGACCGACGGAAUGGCUACGGGAACGUUCUGCUCUUUGUCAAAAGAGUCGGACAACGGCACGAAGGAAAUGAAUCUGAAGAGCAACUCCACCGGAUUCUCGAAGCUGUGGAGAUUCAGAGACAAAAUGAAUCGGAGCAACAGCGAUGGGCGUGACGCAUUCGUCUUCCUAGAUGGUCCCGAUCGCACAACAACGUCGGAGUCAAAAGCCGACGCCUUCGACCGAUCAAAUGUCAAAGUCAACGCCGCCGGAAAGGAAAAAGUUGUUAAAAAGGUAUCGAAGGCAAAAAAGGGAACUGCAUCAGCACAUGAGGUGUACUUGAAGCAAAAAGUAGGGCAGACGGAAGAAGAACGGCGGCGGUCGUACCUACCCUACCGGCCGGGAGUAAUGGGGUUUUUCACGAAUGUGAACGGUGGUUUAAGCAAAAAUGUGCACCCCUUCUAA